AUGUACAUGUUCCACUUUUUUUGUAUAAUACAAGUUUCUGCAGGCCAAGGAGGAGAGACAAAGCCUGAGACUAAAGAGCUAGCUGAGGAAGCUAAAAAACCUGUGGAGCAGGUGGAGAGUGAAGAGAUUCCAAGGGCAAGUGACAAAGCUGGAAAAUCUGAGGAGAAAGUGGAGAGUGAAGAAAUUCUAAUACCUAGUGAUGAAGCUCAAAAGGCAGAAGAAGAAGAAAAGAAGCGGCUUGAGCCUGACAUGGAGGACACAGAGAAAGCAAGCUUUCUCAGAAAAUUGGAUCAGGUGCUAAAGGCUGGAUCAAGAGGUCAAGGAGGAGAUAUGAAUAGCGGUAAUAAUGGGGGCCCUGCACCAGGAGCAGUAAGCGGCUUUGGUGGUGGGGGAAGUGGAUCAGAGGAUAAUGGUGCAUCAGGCAGAAAUGGUGGGUAUUCUGGGGGAGGUAAUGGUACCCAUGCGAAACAAGGCGGAGGUGGAGGAGGCUCAUAA